CGCGGCCGCAGAGGCAGCGGCGGGGGCACCGGCGGCAGAGCAGCACCGGCUCUGCUGCGCCUUCACGCACCCUCCCUCCCUUGCCAGCCUCUCCCCGCCCAGGGGCGGGGGUCCCAGGCCGGGUGGGCCACGCUUCCAUAGCAGGGCAUCGCCGGACGAAGCACUCGCCAUGAGCGACAGCCCGAUCCCACUGCCACCGGCUUCGGCCACCAAGCCCAAGCGGGCCCGGUCAGCGCGGCGGCCAGCAGCCCACCCUGCAUACUCGGACAUGAUCACGGCAGCCAUCCGUGCCGACAAGAGCCGCGGCGGCGCGUCCCGGCAGUCCAUCCAGAAGUACGUGAAGAGCCACUACAAGGUGGGCCAGAACGCCGACGUCCAGAUCAGGCUGGCCAUUCGGCGCCUGCUGGCCGCUGGAGUCCUCAAGCAGGCCAAAGGAGUUGGUGCCUCCGGCUCUUUCCGCCUAGCCAAGGGCAGCAAGGCGAAGAGGUCUCCUUCCAGGAAGAGGAAGAAGUCAGCCAAGAGAUCCACUUCGCCCAGGAAGACCGCUAGGUCCAGGAAAUCCAAGUCUCCAGCCAAGAAGCCCAAGUCUGCCGCCAGGAAGGCCAGGAAGAAGUCAAGGAGCCCGAAGAAAGCCAAGAAGCCAAAGACUGUUAAGGCCAAGUCCAGACCCAAGAAGGCAAAGCGGUCGAAGUCCAGAGCCAAGUCCGGUGCCCGGAAAUCGCCCAAGAAGAAGUGAGAAGACUAGAGGCGUUUCGGUACUCUCCCCAUUGGUUCUGUAAAUAGCUGGUGCCUUUAUUUUUACUCCUUUCUAUUGCAUUUUAUAAAGAAUUACUCUAGUCUUCAAUUGAAAUAGCUAAAACAAGGCAGUUGAUGAAUGAAAAAAAAAACAAUUUUAAAGCGUUA